UUUUUUUUUUUUUUUUUCUCUCGCGGGCUUUGUUUUGAGAUGGCGGCAGGUUUCGAAACUUCUAUUUGUUAUGUUUUUAUAACGCACGAUUUCCCAUCCAGUAACACCGCUUUUCGCCUAUGUUACAGCGAGCCGUACCUGAGACAACGCGGUCAUCAUGUCAUCUCCAGCCGGGCUUCAGUACUCCCAGGCAGACUUCUUAGCCCGGUGGAUGCCAAGUAGCACCAGAGCCGGGGUGAUCCUCAACCCGUGCCCGGACUUGGCUGGCUCCUUGAGCCACAUCUCUGCCGUGGGAUCCCCGCCCCUGGAGCCAGACGACUCCUUUGCCUCCGACUUCGCCCCUCUGCCCGCCUCCGCAGACAGCAGCUGCCUCGGUGUGCAUGGAUUUGCCCGGUCACCUGGAGGAGAGAGGGCUGGGACCGACAGGCCAGUGAACGGUCUGUCCUCUGUGCCUCCGAGAAAUUCAGAUGGAGAGUUGGACAGUUUGGAUGAGAUGGCAAGAAAAUCACAGGAUCUGCCCCUAAUGAUGAAGCUAGACCAGUUGAGGAAAUGGCAGCAGCACAUGCAGGAGCAGCUAAAAGCCCAUCAGUUGGAGGAGCUGGUUCGCCUCCAGGAGGAGCAGCAGAGGCUGCUGGGAAUGAUGAAUGGAUCCGAGGACUGCACAGGAGGGCUGUCAGGAGCAGGAUGGGGUGAGAACUCACUCCAGGGAGCCUAUCAUUACAGAGAGACCCUAUACAGCCCCUCUAUAAACUGUCAUGGGGUCCCACAGGGCUCCACCUGUGGCCUCCGACAGGAACACGACCUCUCACCAGCGGGGAGAAAGGAGCCGCUACCAAGAGGUCAAGAUUAUGAGGAGGUGGACAAGGACGAAGAGGGCACGUGGAACUCCAGAGAAGACGAUCAGGAACAGAGUGUGGAUACUAGCCAUGAUAAUAAGCACAAUGACAUGUUGAUACCAAGUGAUGGUGUGGCUUUGACUGAAGACAACAGCAGAAAAGAAGAUAAAGUCUUCCCUGACAGACCUAUAAAGCCGGGUAUCGGGGGUCAGAAGAAGUUUGAGGAGUUGUUGGAGGAGCAACUGAGGCUGGAGGAGCAGAGGCUGAAGUCUGCCCGGCAACAGCAGAGCCAAGAUGGAGCUGAAGCUGUACAAGCCCCUCCGAAGAGGACCUUUCUGAAGCGAGGCGAGGGCCUCUCAAGAUUUACCAACAAUCGCAAAGCCUCUUUACCAAAUAUGGAGGUGAAGAAGAACCCCAAACCACAACUCCAGGCCAGAGUAAUCUCUCGCAGCAACUCAGAGCCUGCAGCUAUCCAGAGAGGUGGCACAAAUGGCAUCCAGCGGCUUCCUGUCCAGCGUAAAACCGCCACACUCAACAAGGAAAACCGACUUAGAGAUGUCAGUUCGCCACAGUUGGACAUCAGAGUUGAGAGUAAGGCAGCACGGACGAAGGUUUUGGUUAGUCAUCAAAGACAAAACACAGAAGGAUCAGAGUCUAUUCAAACUGAUCCAGCGGGUAGACAAACCAAACAACGUCAACUGGGGCAAGUAAUGGAGCAGAAUAAUAGGAAAGCGGGUCUGUCAGCUCAGGCCGUGAGGAACCCUGGUCACAACACGCAGCCAAACCCUGUUACCAAACAGGUGGGCAUGUUAAGAGGGCCAGAGAAAGCUGAAAAUGAUGGCACUUGUGGUUCAAGAGUGGAAUCAGCAGCAGAAGGAGGAGGAGACGGAGUUCCACAGGAUUCGUUUGAGUUGUCGUUCCAGGAGAAGCUCCAGCGCUGGGAGUGUGACCGGCAGUUGGAAAGCAUGGAGCUGGGAGAGUUUGAGCUGCUGGAGCAAGCGGCCGAGGAGCUGUCAUUUUCGUCCAACUCCUCCUUUGUCAUGAAGGUUCUUCAGCUGGAUCAGCUGCAGGCUGCUAGGGGGCUCCACCCACGACGGCUUUCUUCCACCCCCAUCAAGUCACCCCCCCAAGGUGCACUUCAGAGGUGCAAUAGUGUGGGUAAAAGUGGUGGUUUGGCACGUAAAAGCAGUUCCAUGAACUCCGAUGCAUUUGUGUUGAAGAUAAGAGACGAUACACUCCAGGACAAAGUGAGCAUUGAGGAUAAGGAGGAACUGGACAGUGGGAGAGAAGACAAGCACGAGAACUCUGAUGUUUCAUCCUGUGGCGGCUCUGAAUUUGAAGACCAGGAAGUGGCGGUCAAACCACCUUUGUUUCCCAGCACCCUUUGCUUUCCUGCACAGUCUAACCCGCCAUAUGACAAGCGGUCGUAUCAGGACGAGGACAGUUGCAGGGAUUCAGAUGUGACACAAGUUGAUGAUGGGGACAGUGACAGCGUCUUAAGCAAUGCUGACGAGUCCACUCUGAUAGAGGACAAAGACCGGCAGCAGGGUAGAGUUGUGUUUGACGACAAUGACACGUGGAACGACCUGGAGGACACUGCAGUCUGCACAGCCAACGACAGUAGAGGAGUUUGUCCAGUUUCCAAGGCAACAGCCAAUGGAAUCUCACCACCGGAGCGGACUCUGUUGAGGAAGGUGGCAGUGAGCAAAGUUAUGGAGCUGGAUAAGGGCACGGUCAUUGGUUCUAAUCAGGAGCCAGAUCCUCCUCCUCCUCCUCCUCCUCCUCCUGCCUCCCAGCUCAUGACGAGGUUGUUCCCCUCGCUGAAGCCAAAGGCCCAGAAUGCACCUCUCCCUCCUCCUCCUCCUGCUGCUUCUGUUGCUCCUGAGUCCAAAAAGCCAGAGGAGACAGGCCAACAGGUCCAGUCUAGACUGCUGAGGGAGAGACUGGUUGAGCUGGAGAUUGAGAUCGAGAGAUUUAAGAAGGAGAAUGCUGCCCUCACCAAACUCAGACAGGAGAAUGAGAAAAACCAGGAAAAUCUCAGGAAAGAGCGUUUGGAGUUUGAGCAGAUGAAAGCAGAGGAGGUGGCCAAGUUUGAGGAGCACAAGAAAGAGGAGAACAGGAAAUUGCAGAAGGAGCGCAAAUUGUUUGAGAAGCAUGCAGCGGCUGCCAGAGCCAUACCCGACAAGAAGGAACGAGAGGAAAUCCAGGUGUUGAAGCAGCAGCUAAGCUCCCUGCAGGAGGAGCUGAGGCGGCGGGAGAGUCGCUGGGCCUCCACACACGGCCGGCUGCGGCAACAGAUCGACUCCCUCAGCCAGGAGAACAGUUCUCUCCAGGACGAGAUCCGUAUGUUGGAAAAGCUGCGCCUCUGUGCCUGGAAGGACAAAGGAACAAAAGACGGUCCCAAAAUAUUUGAAAACAAUGUGUUAUCUGUGACCAAAGGAGUGAAAUUUGCUAGUCCUCUUGACUCCAGAGGAAGCAGCAGCCCUCCACUGAGCUGCACAGCUGCAGCCACUAGAAGGAGCCCCAGGGAGAGCAGUCAGGGUGCUACAGCAGGGAUAAAGAGCAGCCUGAGGAGGCCAUCAGGGCCAGGCUCCUCGUCCCCAUCCUCCUCUUCCUCUACCUCCUCAUUGCCUGGCAGGAGGACAGAGCAGAGGUCAACACCCGCCAGCAAGAGCCAGGACAAACCACCAAACCAAGAACACUCGCACAACUGCUCUCCGAAAGGAGAUUCUCUGCCAAUAGAACCAGAGUGCAGUGAGGCCGAAGAGCCAGAAUCAACUCAGGAGGUUAUCACACACCCUGAUGGGAAGAUAGAGAAGGUUCUGGCCGGAGGCGAUCGCCUUAUUUCCUUCCCCAACGGGACCAGGAAGGAGGUUUCAGCAGACGGACAAACGGUCAAAGUCACCUUUUUCAACGGAGACACCAAACAGAUCACAGCCGACCAGAGAGUGAUCUACUACUACGCUGACGCCCAGACUACACACAUCACCUACCCAGAUGGCAUGGAGGUCCUGCACUUCCCCAACAACCAGACUGAAAAGCAUUUCCCAGAUGGUCGUAAGGAAAUCACCUUCCCAGACCAGACGGUCAAGAACCUGUUCCCCAACGGCAGGGAGGAGAGCGUGCUGACAGACGGGACCAUCAUACAAGUCAACCCGGACGGCACCAAAGAGAUCCAUUUCAACACAGGCCAGAAGGAGAUUCACACGGCCGACUACAAGAGGAGGGAGUAUCCAGACGGCACCGUGAAGACGGUCUACACUGACGGCAGGCAGGAAACCCGCUACCCCACCGGAAGGCUCAGGAUCAAAGACAAAGAUGGCAACGUCAUCCUGGACAACAAGGCGUAGAAACACGGUGUCUCAAAGAAAACACUAAACGUUUUUGGGUCCCAAGGCUUUAUUCAUACAACUAUGAUUCCCAGAGACAAAUUGCAAUAAGUCUCCAACAAAUCAGACUUAUUUGACCUCCAGGUGCUGCCAAAAUCUGAGGCAAAGCUACAGCUGAUAGUCCACAGUGAGUUUGAGGAAGUCAUAAGCCUUUUUAAUAGCAUUUUAAUUAUCAUUAUUUUAAUUUAUUUAUGCAUUCAACAUAUUGACCUCAAGGAUACACACAAUACAGUUUUUUUUUUUUUUAAACAGAAACUUUGUUUGCAAACUCCACAGGGCAUCUUCAGUGAUGCAAAGAAUAUGUUUUGGGUCUUGCAAGACCAUCGUUUGUUUGUGCCAGGAUAUUUUUUGGCUUAUGAUCUACUUCAUUCACAGUCUUUUAUAAAUCUGAAUAUUUUAAUAACUCAUGUUGUUUACAUUUUUGGUAAAGCCUGGGAGUAAUGAAAUAAAUACAGAAACAAAAUGUCGCCUGUGCAGCAGAUUCAAGCAGAACUGCCUCAGUGUGGUGUGAGUGAAGUGGUUUUAAGUGUUUGUUUACAACUAUUUUAAUUUGUAAAACUGUUAAAUACAUAUUUAUUUUCUUAGCUGACUAUUCUUUUGUAAAAUAAAUUUGAUCUUUUUUUGUUGUUUUUA